GGCCAGACAACAUUGACAUCAAUAGUACAAUGCGUGAAGAACCAUACCCUCACCCUUGAUCAACAUCUCUCCAACCGCAUCUCCACUACAUCGAUCAACCCAUUCACUAUCUCAUCCCAUCGCCACAACGCGCUUCGUCUCAAUCUCUCGCUCACAAUGCAACCACCCUCAUAACUCCUCCAUCAUGGACGUCAAACCAAUCCCUGCAUUCUACUGUUGCUAUCUUCUUCGCUCGACCGUCCGCCACUCUAGCCUUUACAUAGGGUCAAGUCCGGAUCCCGCUAGACGACUCGCCCAACACAAUGGCCGAGUACAAGGAGGAGCCGUUCGGACCUCCAGAGCAUCACUCCGACCCUGGGAGAUGGCUUGUAUUGUUGCCGGGUUUCCCUCCAACAUUGCCGCUUUACAGUUCGAGUGGGCGUGGCACAAUGCCCAUCUGACCCGACACAUUACCCCCACUGACCGCAUUUCGUUUGCCACCACACGUCUGAAGACUACAAAGUCCGGCAAAACCUCAAGGAGACCAGGGAGGCCACGCACUUCGCAGAUCGACAGGUUGUCCAACCUGCAUCUUCUCCUGCGAGUCCCGUAUUUCUCCAGAUGGCCCCUCCACGUUCGCUUCUUCAACAAGGACGUGUACCGGGCCUGGGUAACUUGGUGUGGGCGCGUCGAUACCCAAAUUCGGAGUGGUAUCAACGUCAUCUUUGACCCAGUGCAAUCCGACACGGCAUUAGCAGAAGGAGAGGAGGAGUUUACUUCUGCUCAGCCUGCUCGCAAGAAACGCAAAGCAGAUUUGAUCGGCAAAGGCGGUGUUGAAGGUGUGGAUCCAACAUAUUCUCGACUUGGACAUGUUCUUCAGAAGACGCAACUGCUUCUUGAUGAGGAUCACCGCUUCAAAUGUUCGACAUGUGCCACUGGUCUGGAUCCACAAAAGGAUUUGUUUAUUCUCUGUCCUAAUAACGCCUGUCAAAAUGUGAACCAUGUCACCUGUUUGGCAGACAGGUCACUGGCAGGCGCAGAGUCCAACACCAUGGUGCCUCAGGAAGUGGCAUGUCCAUCGUGUCGGACCAAUCAUUCCUGGUUGGAGCUGAUGCAACAAGUCACAGUCAAGACCAGAGGAGUCAAAGAAGUGGCCAAGCUGCUUAAGAAAAAAGGCAAGAGCCAAAUAGCCACAGCAGCCGAGAUCCUCGAGACAGAGGAUGAAGAUGAAGAUGACGAGGGCGAGGAUGAGAUGGACGGUGAAGCCAUAGACAUGCAGGAUGUGAUAGAUCAAGAUGUCGUCCGUAGUGAUGAUGAUCAUGACAAUGACCGUGAUUCGGUGACGUCAAUGGACUCUGAGUUCACCCAAUCAAGGCGAAAUCUGGCACGAGGCUCGAGAUUGUGA